AUGGCGUCUCCUCCGCGUCGUCGAUCAUCUCGACUACGUACCCCAGCCAGAACACUUCAUAAUAGGAAUACUCAACUUACAUCUCUUGCUGAGGAUGAUGAAGCGUUUACCUAUCCUACCCUUCCGAAUGUCUCGUCUCCAGUCCAGCCACCUCAAACACCAGCUACUUCCGGUCGCGCAAUUCCAACUCGAGAGGAAAUGCAUCCAUCCAUGACACAUAAGUCUACUACUCAAAAACCCGAUUCAGGACUCCGACAUGGCUUUGUUGAUAUCAAUGCAAAAGGCAAUGACCAACCAUCUGGUGUUCAACAACACACCCCGUCGAAGAUUAACAUCAGCUCCCCAACUUUCGAUUUUAAAUUCGCUCGUCCUGCACCCGGUCUUGGCCCCGAAGCUCAGCGUAUGAUGGAUGAACUGCGUGAAGAGGCACUCCGUAUCAAAGCUAAGCUUGCUGCGGAACGAGAAAUGGAACAACAGAAUAACCCAGAGGGUAGUCAUAUGGGCGGUCGGAGAAUCGCACAGGCAAAGGGCAAAGUUAGCAGAUAUAGUGAUAUUCACAUGGCGGAGUUCAAAAAGAUGGAUAGUAUCGCUAAUCAUCCAUCCUCCUUCCGUGCUCAACCGGCCCGAAUCACCCCUACUACUACCGCCCUCAAGCGCACACAAUCGAAGGCCAAGCUGGGUGAUAGAGAUGCCACUCAUAGUGAAGAGUCUUCCCAAGAUACCGGUGAUACCGAGAGUGGGCGACUUGAAAAUACUGCACCUGCAAAGCGUGCUCGUCAACGCAUGACAGAUGAUACUUCCUCUCUACGACCAGUAUCUCGUGGCAAGACUGAAACUAUCCAAAUGCCUUCUACUCCACGUCACAAGAUUUCUGGCGCUCCCGCAUCCUUGACAACACCCACACAAGCUUCAAUGGCUCGUGCUCACAGCAUUAAGCAUCCUGCAACUCAGAUACCUAACUUGUCCAAAUCACCAUCAAAGUUAAAUCUACAGAGCACACCCCGUGGUAUGACAAAAGCUGCUACGAUGAACAAUGUUACUGGAUCAAUGACUGCACCAAAUAAAUCCAUGCUCCGAACUCCAAGCAAAUUUGACCUGGUCAAGUCUAUUCUCAGGCAUCCAGCCUCGAGCUUCAAUACAAAGAAGACAGAAACGGCGUCGGCUAUCCCUUCGAUUCCUAGAAGUGCGAGCAAGCCAGAUCUUGCGAAGGAUUUUCCAUCUGUCCCUACAACUCCCAUUGGUAUCGGCCGCUCUAAGAGUAUGAAACAAGUUGGUUUUACGCCUGAGACAAGAAAGCACGACGAAGCCACUGUUGCACAAUCUCCAUCGCCUGUCAAGUGUGGCAUUCCUCGUUCCACUUCGAAGCCCAAUAUCAAGGUUACUUCUUCAAUCGCCCCCCGCAGACCUGUACUCAAGCAACAAGUAUCUACUGAGCGACAAGCAAAAGAUAUCGAGAUGUCUGGAACUCGCGCUGUGGAGUAUCCUUCUCUUGCUGGCGUUAGACCUCUUCCAGGCCCACCUCGUCAAGCUGAUCCUCCCCAUCCUCCCGCCUCAGUUCCUAGUACCUUUACUUUCCGCAGUGACCAUACUAUCAGCUUUGGUGCAUCUCCAAGAGGAUUUGGUGCAUCUCCAAGUCAAGCUACUGUCCGCCAAGUCCGACGCAGUAUCUUCCCUAACACUAUGCCAGGCAGUUUUCCUGAUGGCAAUAAGGAGAACACUGACCCUCCUGUUUGUGCAUCGAGCAAGAAGCCCACUAACCUCUCAGUUAUGCCCAGCGUACCCCAUGGAAUGUCGAACAAGAAACGUAGAAGAGUUGAAUCCGAUGGCGAGGAGGAAGCACGAUCACCAAAGAAGCACAAGGCUCCAGAGGGUGCUAUGCUGAUGGCUCCAAGACUUCAAGCUGAAAAGAUUGCUACUUCUCCAAACACCACUUUAAGCCCUGCCAAGAAGAGAGGUCUAACUUUGAGUCGCCUCAACAUGCUUGCACGACCAAAGAGCCGAAAGUGA